GGAAGUGUUCGCUGACCCAAGUAGGCAGAGAAAGCAGAGGAGGACCGGCGGGCCAAGCUUUCCUAGCCUGACAGCAGCCAUUUCGGAACGUAAGUCCCAGCCCUCUUUAGCUACUUAGCGCCUCCGGGCCCGAGAGCACCUGCUCCUUGGCGCAGUCUGGCGCUACAGGCAUCAAGGAACUGUACUUCCCAGAGACGUCACACCGGGAGACUUCCGGUUCCCGCUCUUGGGAUUGGACUCCUGCGUGCAGGAGCCAGUCCUCGCUGGGCUCUAGCGGGCUUCUGAUGGAGGAGCUACUCCUCUGGGAGGACAGAACAGAAUUAGCAGCCUCUGUCACCAUCCAAAGAUCACAACCCAUGAAACCAUUGAGUUUGUGCCUUGUAUCAGAAAGCAAAGGAGAAUGAAAAAGCACAGCUAACAUUGCUUGAGGAUCUAGGCAAUUAAUUCUUUAGACUGUCAUCAUGGGUAUCCGAGGACUAAUGAGUUUUGUGGAAGAUCAUAGUAAUGAGUUCUUCACUGAUUUGAAGUUGCGGGACACAAAAAUUGUCAUUGAUGGUUAUGCUCUUUUCCACCGUCUUUGCUUCAGUUCAAAUUUGGAUCUCCGGUAUGGAGGGGACUAUGAUUCUUUUGCAGAUGUUGUACAAAAAUUCUUUGAAUCACUGUUUGCUUGUAAUAUAUGCCCAUAUGUUGUAUUAGAUGGAGGAUGUGACAUUUCAGAUAAAAAGCUUACGACUUUAAAGGAUAGAGCUAGAGAGAAGAUCCAGAUGGCCCAUUCCCUUUCUGUUGGUGGGAGUGGGUAUGUAUGUCCCUUACUCAUACGGGAAGUAUUCAUACAAGUUUUGAUCAAGCUGCGGGUAUGUUUUGUCCAGUGCUUUUCAGAAGCAGAUCGGGACAUUAUGACACUUGCUAACCAUUGGAAUUGCCCUGUGUUAUCGUCAGAUAGUGACUUUUGCAUUUUUGACCUGAAAACUGGGUUUUGCCCAUUGAAUAGCUUUCAGUGGAGAAAUAUGAACACUGUUAAGGGCACACAAAACUAUAUUCCUGCCAAAUGCUUUUCCCUUGAUGCAUUCUGCCAUCACUUCAGCAAUAUGAAUAAAGCUCUUCUACCUCUCUUUGCGGUGCUAUGUGGAAAUGACCAUAUUAAUCUACCCAUCAUAGAGACAUUCUUAAGUAAAGCACGUUUUCCUCUUGGAGCUACCAGUUCCAAAGGGAGGAGACACCACCGAAUCCUGGGACUUCUGAAUUGGUUGUCUCAUUUUGCCAACCCUACCGAAGCACUAGAUAAUGUUCUGAAAUACCUCCCAAAAAAGGAUCGAGAAAAUGUUAAGGAACUUCUCUGCUGUUCCAUGGAAGAAUACCAACAGUCCCAGGUGAAGCUGCAGGACUUCUUCCAGUGUGGUACUUAUGUCUGUCCAGAUGCCUUGAAUCUUGGUUUACCAGAAUGGGUAUUAGUGGCUUUAGCUAAAGGCCAGCUAUCGCCUUUCAUCAGUGAUGCUUUGGUCCUAAGACGGACCAUUCUUCCCACACAGGUGGAAAACAUGCAGCAACCAAAUGCCCACAGAAUAUCUCAGCCCAUCAGGCAAAUCAUCUAUGGGCUUCUUUUAAAUGCCUCACCACAUCUGGACAAGACAUCCUGGAAUGCAUUGCCUCCUCAGCCUCUAGCUUUCAGUGAAGUGGAAAGGAUUAAUAAAAAUAUCAGAACCUCAAUCGUUGAUGCAGUAGAACUGGCCAAGGAUCAUUCUGACUUAAGCAGAUUGACUGAGCUCUCCUUGAGGAGGCGGCAGAUGCUUCUGUUAGAAACCCUGAAGGUGAAACAGACCAUCCUGGAGCCAAUCCCUACUUCACUGAAGUUGCCCAUUGCUGUCAGUUGCUACUGGUUGCAGCACACUGAGACCAAAGCAAAGCUACAUCAUCUACAAUCCUUACUGCUCACAAUGCUAGUGGGGCCCUUGAUUGCCAUAAUCAACAGCCCUGGAAAUGUGGACCCUGUACCCAGGCAGGCUCAGUGCCUUGCUCCUCGCUAGUUGGUAAAAGGUAAGGAAGAGCUGCAGGAAGAUGGUGCUAAGAUGUUGUAUGCAGAGUUCCAAAGAGUGAAGGCGCAGACACGGCUGGGCACAAGACUGGACUUAGACACAGCUC